AUUGCUUCAGUACGACUACUAGCAUUCAUGGCGACGCACUGAAAUUUGUUUUGAUCCCACUGAAAUAACUUGAACCCCUUUUAAAAUCUCCCUGCCUGACUUGAAUCUCCGCUUUCGAAAUGAAUCCCCAACUGUUGCUCGUUUUUGUGUCUGCAUUAUUUAGUUCAGCUCUCGCCAUACGAUGCUAUCAGUGUUCCUCGCAGACCGAUCCCAAGGGGGUGGACAAUUGCGGUGCAUACAAGGCAUUCAAUCGAACGCAGAACAUUGCUAUCGAGUGCAACAGCGAUGAGUCCCACAUGCCGGGUUCGUUCUGCAUGAAGGUGGUCCAGCAGAGCCCACGAGGAUUUAUCUGGGACGGUCGAUGGCGCCAGGUGAUCAGACGGUGCGCCUCGGUGUCGGAAACCGGCGUCACCGGUGUGUGUAACUGGGGAGUCUACGAGAACGGAGUCUACUGGGAGGAGUGUUAUUGUGCCGAAGAUGGCUGCAACCAUGCGGCGAAAUCCGUGACCAUGUCGGGCGUUAGCCUGUUGUGCCUUUUAGGUUUAAGUGUUCUAUACAGACGAGUGUUUAACUAAUUCGAGGGGGAGCUAUUUCUCGUUGGUUUUAUGACUAAACUGAAAAAGUAACAAAUUCCAUUCCAUUUCGUAAUAAGUAGAACGAUAAACUCAAGGAAAACGUACACUAAAUGUGAAAUCUCACCCGACUCCGUCCAGAGUAUUUGUUUUUAGAGUGUAAGAAUCGACUUUUACUGUUUAUCUCGGAUACGUUGUACGAAUAAAGAAGUAUUACUAUGACAA